GCUAUCCUAACCAACCACUCCUUAUUUUCUUCUCCUUAUUAGUAGCUAGUUGGAAAGCAUCAUCCUAAAAGACCCUCUUUUUAUUUCUUGUGAUUCUCUUUAGCCUUCAAGAAAAAACUGAAGUGAAAAAAAGUUGAGAAUAAAUGUGGCAGAAUCAUAGCCAGAAUUCUUCUUUUAGAGAAUCCAUCAAAGCCCUUGAAGCUGAUGUUCAACAUGCCAAUACUAUGGCAGCGGCAAUUCCCCGGGAUCUCGAUGGGGAUUGUGUUCAGAUGAAAGUUUCCUAUGGUUUUCUUGCCCCCUUCUUGCUAUUUCUAAUAGAAUGGAUGGACUAUAGUUGUUUAGAUACUCUGGCUAGUUGCUUAGGGCUCCUUCACAUUCUUGUUUACAAGGUUUAUAUUGAUGGAAUGCCAACAAUGUCCCCACAAGAAAGGAAAGCCACUAUUAGAGAAUUCUACGCCAUUAUAUAUCCUUCACUAAAGCAGCUGGAGGGCAAUCUAGUGGAAUUAGUGAAGGAUAAUAAUAAAGUAAGUCAACUCUCUAACACUUCAAAUGGAGGAGUGGAAGAGAAAAGACAGUCAUGUAAAAGUAUACAGGAGAAAGAAGAAGAAUGUGGUAUAUGCAUGGAGAUUGGCUCCAAGGUGGUUUUGCCUAAUUGUAGCCAUUCCAUGUGUGUUGGCUGUUUUCACGACUGGUACAUCCGGUCUCAAUCAUGCCCUUUUUGCCGAGGUAGUCUAACGAGAGUAAACUCCAGAGACUUGUGGGUUCUAACUAGUGACUGUGAUGUGGUUGAUAGCACCAUAAUUGCGCAGGAGAACUUAAGGCGCUUCUACCUUUAUAUUGAUAAGUUGCCACUUGCCGUCCCUGAGACCAAUGUAACGCUUUACGAUUUUAUGAUAUAGACUUGGAAGUGGAAGCACUGUAUCAUGCAUACUGACCAACUUCAGCUGAAUAAAGGGUCUAACUCGUAUUGUACAUAGUUAACGAAACUACUAGCUAUCCAUACUGCAAACUCAAAGCUACAAAGCCGAGGUUUUUGUGGAAUAUGACUAGUCUUUGCACAUGUUUGCUUGGUGCAAUUAUGUGAUGAGUUUAUUAAGUGGAGAGGUAAAUUAUGUAUAGAAUCAUGAAAGUAGAAAGCAUAGAGAUAGGCCUGACAUUCGACUCAGCUUUUUUUGGAACCUGAGUGUUGAAAUGAGAAGGCAAAAGACUAAAAUGUCUUUUGGCAAGUGCUGCUUGUUAUGCUUGUACAGUAUUUUACCUUAAAAUAAAGGAUGUAUGAUGGACCAAAGCCAUAUGCUUUUGCCAUUUAUUAUAUCCCAAUGUUCAUGAGGAGAAGAACCAAAUUGUCUAGUUGCAGAAGCAAAAGGUAAAGCGGAAAACUUGUGGUUUUAACUUCUUUUGUUUAGUCAGAAAGGUAAGGGUAAAGUGUGCAUACUGCAGACUCCACUUGUGGAUUAUACUGUUAUGUUGUUGUUGUUGUAUACAUAACAGAUUUGUUACUGUAUUCCUAUUUGUAUGUGUGCGUGUGAACAUGUGUAUAUACAUAAAUAUAUACACAUAGUAUAUAUAUAAAUGCUCUUUUUUCCUUUUUAUUUCAUAAUAAGGUGAGCAUGUAUUCAACUCUAAAAUCAGAGGUACAGUAAUUUUUUCAAGAA